CAGAAUAGCCAACGCAAUCCAUUCAUGUCUUGAUCAGAGACAUCCGAGGAGGAGUCGGAGGAGUCGCUGUUUGCUGUUUGUUUGGCGGUUCUGGCUGGUUACUCGUGAAUCAACCAACUUGUCGCCCAGUUGGCGUGCACGAAUCACCACCCUGUGACACCAGACACAGGGCUAGUCCAAGCCGUCCAAGCCUCUUGUUGUGAACGUCGUGGCCUUCGCGAUGGCUCCACAGCUGAGGAAACGUCCGGCCCAAAUUAAUGGACUCGCCAGCAUGACGUGCAACGACCUCUGGAAGUUGCGCAAGUACACCAGCUACGUCAAUCACCUGUGUCCGGGAAUGUCGACAACCAGGGAGAUGAAUGUGUUCUUCUUCACCUUGAGCACCCGCGACAAGCAGGAGCGGUUCUUUGCGGCCUGCACGCACGGAGAAGCAGACCUUUGUGACAUCACACGCAAGCUGUCGGUCUUCAACGAGUUCCUCCAGACAGUGGGCAUGGAGCUGAAGGAGGUGGCACCUGGCAACCUCGGGCUGGUGCCGCUUCAGCCGGGCACCGUGAUCGACGCCUUCCGCUGCACGGACCACCGUGCCUGGAUCCUGCUGCACUGGCUGCUGAAGGAGCACCGCUGCAUCAGCACGCUGACUCUCCCCUGGACCAUGCUACCCUGGUCCACGCUGCCGAAGCACCCCCAGCGCCUGCUCUGCGACGCCCUCCGUCUCAACAUGGGCACGCGGAAGCUGGGGCUCUCGGGCUGCACGCUGAGCAACGAGGCAUUCACAGACUUGGUUGGCGCCGUUGGCACGCUGACCGCGCUGGAGACGGUCGAGCUCUGCGAUGUGUUCCCGAUCCAGGGCAGCGUGGGACAUCUGGGCGGCGCCCUGGAGAAGCUGUCGGCGCUGAGGAGCCUCACGCUGUCCGGGGUUCGCAUGAUGCCAUGCGACGCGGGGCUGCUGAUAGCGGCGCUGAAGAGCAGCCCCGCCCUCUCGUCGCUCGACGUCGAGGACUACUUCCUAGAGCCGGAAGGCGGCGCGGCCCUCGCGGAGUUUGUAGCGCAGAGCGCGACGCUGAAGCGGCUGUGUCUCUGGCAGGCCGUCUGCCUCAAGAUGAAGGAGCUGAAGGUCCUCUUCGCAGGGCUGUCCUCCAACUGCAGCAUCGAAGAACUACGCCUGAAGGGCUUCGCGCUCAAAGAGCGGACAGUGGACCUCUUGGCACGGACGGUCGCGAGGCAUCGGACGCUGAGGUGCCUCGAGGUGCGGUGCUACGUUGCAGACUGGGAGGUCAGCGGGAUCCCCCUUGCCAAGCUGGUGAAGAAGGACACUGGUCUCCGGGAACUGGCGUUUGCGGGCGGCAAGGGCGUGUGUCUGGCGCUCUUUGCGGCGGCCAUCCGCAAGAACAAAACUCUGGAGAGCCUGUUUCUCGGCCUGUCCGACGUGGAGGUCUCCGACUAUGAAGACUUCCUGCGGGCCCUCGCGCUGAACGAGUCGCUGAAGCGUGUCACUUUCGAGAAGGUGGACAGCGCGUCGCUGAGCGACCUGUGCACACUUCUCUGCGAGACGGGGACGGAUGGGAGGGUGAGGUUCAGAGCAGAGUUCGAGGACCCCCGGGUGUUCGUGGCGAGCGCCAAGAACUGCGUGAGGCUGCGCCACCUGAGCUACGCCCCGCAGACAGCCAAGAGCGGGCUGCCUGCGGAGUCGCUCCAACAGUUGGUCCGCUACGACCAGCUCCGCGAGCUCAACAUCCGGCUGGACGGGACAGUUGAGUGCAAGGACGCCGGCCUCCUUGCACCCUUUCUGGCGUCCACGAAGACUCUGCGGGAGGUGAAUCUUACAUUCUUUGUGGAUGUGGACGCCACGCGCUACCUCUUGGAUGGGCUGACACUGAACCGGAGCAUAUCCCGGUUGACACUGAAGAACUGGACCUUCGGGGCGGCCGAGAUCGAGCAGCUCUUUGGCAUUGUGCAGACAAAUGAUGUGCUGAACGAGCUGCACCUGCAGCCCUCGGACUACCGGGGCUGCCCCACGCUGAACCAGCUUCCGCAAAGGCUCCGGGCCAACCACAGCCUGCUGAAGGUCAGCAUCAAGCAGGGGCUGCGCUACGACACCCAGAUGUUCCAGUUCGCGGUGCAAGAGGUGAUGCGGCGCAACCUGUCCACGCUGCACCGUGCCACACAGUUUGUGACGGGGUCGCGCGGCAGGGUUUACGCGGAGGCUUUUGAGCGGGUCUCCAAGACCCUGGCUCUGGUCAAGGAGGUGCAGAAGGCGAUGGGCGAGACUGAGGAGGAAGCGAGGGAGAGGGUGAGGGGCGCCCAGCGCUUUUUGGACGAGCACUUCUUCGUGGCGGUCGGCAUAGUCAAGGAGGCCGUGGUGUGCGUCCGGAACGGGCAGGUCCAGUUCGACCGGAUCGGCCUGGACAACUGGCUGCACGUCCGGCAGUACCUUAAGGUAGCCGACAUUGAGCCGGAGCCGAAACAGGAGUCUGUUGUGCCUCGGAAGAAGCGCUGCCUCUAGGGUUAUAUAAUUUUGCGCCAUCUGCGCGGCCGGUCUAGUUGCGUUGUUUCGCUGAGCAAAGAGGAGGAAAUUUGCACUCUUAGAGUAGUACCUCCUCCCUUUUGUUUCUUAAAUUGAAUUGUGAAUGCAGUGAGAAGGAACGUUCGACAUCCUUGCGUCGGAAUAUUGCAACAUAAGCCAUAUCUGGUGCCAUCAUCGUAGGCAUUCCAGAGUCUCACCUAGCUGCCGACGGUAAGAGACCAUCGUUGACGAGUGAUUUUCCGUUUGUGGUUUCCCAUAGAACUACUUUUGCACGUCGAGAACUGUAACGGGAACCUCACCGAUGCCUUUUGGCCACCAUGUCAAGAGUCUCCUCGCAAAUCCUCUAAAACAAUAAGGUGCGGCUGGCAACGUCGAGACUGAUUGUUGCAUAGCAGACAAUAUCCUAAAGAAGCUCAACGUCUGCCACCGCUUUUAGAAGGCCUUGCAAUUGGUAGUCCUAGACAAACUUGUAAAAUGGUCGACAAAGGCAUGCCCCUUUAGGCAGACUGCACGUCGGAUAGAAGUAGAUGACUCGCCCAGGAUGGUUGUGGUGUCGUUUUUGUGCCCAGUCAUCCCAUCAAAGCUUGAUCAGAGUUCAUUGAAAUCUGCUAGUUUUCACGACGUAAGUUGUCUGUAGAGGACAACGACGCUGUCUUACAGUUUUACCUGUUCUACAAUGUGCUACUGGUCUCGAAGCUUCUCCGUAAUGCUAUGGGAGUGCUUAAUAGAGUAGAGGCACUGCGAACCAGUACAGUCGGCUGCCUGGCUCUUUUAUUGCUUGCAAAGCAUCGCUUUGUUGAAAACAAAUGAAAAAAAGCUAUUUGUAAGUUCUUUUAUUAGAGAUCAAUAAAGAAUGAGUGGGGCUUGCACACAAUGAUCAGUUAGAUACAUAGCAAAAUGUCGGUAUACGAGAAAUUGUUUUGUGAAAACUACCCGUCAUUGCGAACCUGGAAUGGCUCAUUGAGAGGGGGGUGACCAAACAAAAGUGCCCCCUCUGGAACAGUAGCAACUUUAGUGGCACCUGUUGACCCUGUACCAAACUUUGACCUAAGUUUUAUGACCAGUAGCAUAUUGAAGGACUCUGGUUCUGUUAAAUGAUGCUCAAGAUAUGUGCAGGUUGAUAAUUUUGUGUCAUUGCCUGCCCCUUGUAAAUGGUCGAGUUCGGUCUACUAGGCAAACACACAGCUGACACUGCACGUAGACCUAACGGAAGCAGUCUUUUUGGCAGAUCUGCUGGCAGUGUUGAUCAACCGUUGGCGUGAGCACACCGUGAAAGCUUUGAAUUGGGGAAUUGCAGCAACAACUGAGCUCAGACAUUAUGCAAACGUCGCGACCGAUUUGCCUAGUUUCAUCGCGACUGCUCGGAAGAUUGAGUGGACAGUCGGUGACGGAAGUCACUUUUUUCUCGCAACCGGUUGCCUUCGCAUGGGGUGGUUUUUCUCUUUGCUGGCAUGCGGCUUCACACCUUUACAAGUCACGCACUUCUUCGGCGUCGUCUGCCACUGUACCUCGGGAAAUGUGCAAACUAUGCCAAGAGGGCUCUUGACAUCUCAACAGUGACAAUAGCUACAUGCCAGCCCGUGUUUUUGACGUCAAGUCGAGGCAGGGGCGCCAUCUGUAGGACAGUGUGUGCGCUCUUUACAAAACAGCCACGCACCGCCCGUCGUUCCGGUGAGCAAGCGCGCUUGUGUAUGAACAGUGAGAUUAGGGGCGUAGAACGUCCUCACCUUCACGACGGUCAACUGGGGUGCAGGCAAAAUUAGAAACGUAUUAGAAAUGCAAGUUAAAGAACAAGUUCGACACCGACGUAAACGGUAAGCUUGCGUUUUGUGUCCUACCCUACAAUGUCCCGCAUUUUGGGCACUUUACAGAAACUUGUCUAAAACUGUUUGGUAUGACACGUUGCCUUGCACCUUUAUUUAUUUUUAUUUGUUUCCUUGUUCCGAAUCUCUUGAAGCAUUUGUUUGGGGAAUUCUCUACAGAUGUUGUGGUGUAACCACCUUUAUGUAUGAACGGUGAUGGCGUUUGUUUGGCCUCUUUUAUAAAAUAAAGGCCAAAUUUACUCAGUU